CGCGAUCUCACCCGGCCCUCAAAGCGAAGUGUGCGGUGAGCAAGGAGCAAGUUACUUACUGUUGGGGGUUGGGGGCUGAAGGGUAGUCAAAGUGAGAGAAAUAAGUAAAUUCAUAGUGUCGAGGAAAAAUUAAAAAUAAAAUAUCCUGCCACUUCGGAAAGGCUCCACAAAUGUAGAAAAGAAAAAAAAGAGAGGUGGGAGAGCCCUAUUAUUAAGUAAACAUUAAACCAGGCUGAGCUGGGCGUCUCAGGCAAUCUGCUAAAGCCAUUACAAAGACAGAAACCUCACUCUUUUGUGGAACCAAGCAGAUACAAUCUAUGACAUGCUUGUUUUCAUGUCAGAGGACUUAACAUCGUUUGCUAUACAUCCUUUGCACUGAAGCUUUGAUGGCCAACUCUACCAGGACUCAGAUCCUUAAAGGGCAGCUCUACACAAUGACCAGCUCAGAGGGAUGAGCCAGACCAACAGUGUCUCACACUCUUUUUCUCUGGACAGAUGACUUCAUAAUGGAGGCUGCUGAGGCCAGGGUGUCCAUAAGAGUUGUUCUCCUGCUCCUCUGGCUUGGGGUGCCUCUGUCCCCUUCUGGCCUCUCCCAAAAUAGGCCCUUCAGCUCCCCAGAAGUGGUGGUCCCCAUGAAGCUGACCAGCAAGGGCAGCGGUGCAAAGGCUCCAGGAUGGCUUUCCUAUAGCAUUCAGUUUGGGGGCUGGAAACAUAUUGUCCACAUGAGGGUCAAGAAGCUCUUGGUUUCCAAACAUCUACCAGUGUUUACCUACUCAGGCCAGCAUACCCUCCAGGAGGAUCAGCCUUUUGUUCCUGAUGACUGCUACUAUCAUGGUUAUGUGCAGGGAGUCCCUGAGUCCCUGGUUGCCCUCAGUACCUGUUCUGGAGGCUUUCGAGGAAUGCUACGGAUAAAUGACCUUGCUUAUGAAAUUGAGCCCAUCAGGCACUCUACCACAUUUGAACACCUGAUUUAUAAGAUAAACAUUAAUGAGACACAACCCCUGUCUAUUAGAUGUGGCUUAACAAAGGAGGAAAUAGCACACCAACAACUGGGAUUUGAAAAGGCAGAAAAAACAACUCUGAAACAAAUUUAUACUGAUAACUGGUGGGCCCACUUAUGGUUUCUGGAGUUGGUUGUAGUGGUAGAUCAAAAUUUCUUCCUUUACUUUCAAAGUAACUUCUCAAAGGUGCAGGAAGAUGUAUUUCUUGUUAUCAACAUGGUAGACUCCAUUUACCAGCAGUUGGGUACUUAUGUGAUUUUGACUGGGAUUGAGAUUUGGAGUCAUGAAAAUGUUUUCCCAAUUAUAAGCAUAGAACAGGUUCUGGAAGAUUUUGCUCAGUGGAAGCAAAUCAGUCUUUCACAGCUACAGUAUGAUGCUGCACAUAUUUUCAUUAAAAAUUCACUAAUAAGUACACUUGGUAUAGCCUAUGUUGCAGGAAUAUGUCGUCCUCCUAUUGACUGUGGAGUUAAUAAUUUCCAAGGAGACCCCUGGUCUCUUUUUGCCCUCACAGUGGCCCAUGAGUUAGGCCAUACUUUGGGCAUGCUGCAUGAUGAAGAAUUCUGUUUGUGUGGGCAAAGUGGUUGCAUUAUGAAUGCUAUCAGAGUGCCAGCAGAGAGAUUCACCAACUGUAGUUAUGCAGAUUUUACAAAAACCACUUUAAACCAGGGAUCAUGUCUGCACAAUCCUCCAAGUCCAGGGGAAGUUCUUAUCCUGAAGCGCUGUGGGAACAAUGUGGUUGAAGGAGAAGAGAAGUGUGACUGUGGAUCUGUAAAACAGUGUGAACACGAUCCCUGUUGUAUGUUGAACUGCACUCUGAGGACUGGUGCUCUUUGUGCUUUUGGGCUUUGUUGCAAAGACUGCAAGUUCCUGCCAUCAGGGGAAGUCUGUAGACAUCAGGUCAAUGAAUGUGACCUUCCAGAGUGGUGCAAUGGGACAUCCCAUCAGUGCCCAGAAGAUGGAUAUGUGCAGGAUGGGGUUCCCUGUAGUGACAACGCCCACUGCUAUCAAAAGAGAUGUAAUAACCAUGACAAACAGUGCAGGGAGAUUUUUGGUGAAGGUGCAAAGAGUGCAUCUCAGAAUUGCUAUGAAGAAAUCAACUCCCAGGGAAACCGUUUUGGCCACUGUGGUCUAAAUGGGACAGCUUACCUACAGUGUAAUACCUCAGAUAUCUUUUGUGGGAGAGUUCAGUGUGAGAAUGUGGGGGACAUUCCCCAUUUAAGAGAUCACUCUGCUUUGCAGCACACUCAUAUGAAUGGUGUCACCUGCUGGGGUAUAAGUUAUUCAGGGAUGGACACACCUGAUAUUGGUGAAGUGAAAGAUGGCACCAUGUGUGGCUCAAGAAAGAUUUGCAUACACAAGAAGUGUGUCAGUCUCUCUCUCCUGUCACAAGUCUGCCUGCCUGAGACUUGCAACAUGAGGGGAAUCUGCAAUAAUAAACAUCAUUGCCAUUGUGGCUAUGGGUGGUCUCCACCCUAUUGCCUGUAUAGAGGCUAUGGAGGUAGUGUUGACAGUGGCCCAGCAGCUGUCAGUAAAGGAGUUUUCUUUCCACUAGUUAUGAUUCUUAGUUUGUCUGUUUUGCUUCUACUAUUGGCUACUCUAUUUAAGUACCUUCAAAAACACUGUGGACCUAAGAAGACCAAGGCUCCCACUUCAGAUUAA